AUGCCCAACAGCAGCUCCAUCAGCGAGUUCCUCCUACUGGAGUUGGCAGACACGCGGCAGCUGCAGCUCCUGCACUUCUGGCUCUUGCUGGGCAUCUACCUGGCUGCCCUCCUGGGCAACGGCCUCAUCAGCACAGCCGUAGCCUGCCACCACCACCUGCACAGCCCCAUGGACUUCUUCCUGCUCAACCUCGCCCUCCUCGACCUGGGCUGCAUCUCCACCACUCUCCCCAAAGCCAUGGCCAAUGCCCUCUGGGACACCAGGAUCAUCACCUAUGCAGGAUGUGUUGCCCAGACCUUUGUGAUUGUCUUUCUGAUAUCAGAAGAGUAUUGCAUUCUCACCAUCAUGUCCUAUGACCGCUACAUUGCCAUCUGCAAGCCCCUGCACUACGGGACCCUGAUGGACAGCAGAGCUUGUGCCACCAUGGCAGCAGCUGCCUGGGGCACUGGUUUCCUUAAUUCCCUGCUGCACACUGCCAACACAUUUUCACUGCCUCUCUGCCAAGGCAAUGCUGUGGAUCAGUUCUUCUGUGAAAUCCCUCAGAUCCUCAAGCUCUCAUGCUCAAAAUCCUAUCUCAGGGAAUUUGGACUUAUUGUGCUUAGUGCACUUGUGUUUUUUGGGUGUUUUGCUUUCAUUCUGUUCUCUUAUGUGCAGAUCUUCAGGGCCGUGCUGAGGAUGCCCUCUGAGCAGGGACGGCACAAAGCCUUCUCCACCUGCCUCCCUCACGUGAUCGUGGUCUCAUUGUUUCUCAGCACUGUGGUGUUUGCCCACCUGAAGCCCUUCUCCAUUUCCUCCCCAUUCCUGGAUCUGAUGGUGGCAAUUCUCUACUCGGUGGUUCCUCCAACACUGAACCCUAUUAUCUACAGCAUUAGAAACAAGGAGAUCAAGCAUGCCCUCAACCAAAUGUUGCAGCAUGCAAUAUCCCAGCUGCAAGAAUUGGACCUGUGGGCCUGCUGUCCCCUGUCAUGGACACAGAUAGAUCUAAAGGUAGCCGUGACAGGGUCUGUGCAUUAUCCCAGCCCCUUCCGCUGUGCUGACCCCCUCCACCAAGUGCUGCUGCUGCAGCUGCUUUUGUCACUUUGGUUCUAG